ACAGCUUUUAGGCCUUAAUUUUAUUCUUAAAACACUGAGUUGCUUAACAAAAAUUGUUCGGUGUAAUAAAGUGACUAAUCACCUGAAUAAGCAAACUUCCGGUGUCAGUGAGUGCUGUGCACCGAAAUGGACGAAAUCGACACUGUUUGUUAAAGAGAACAAGUGCAUUUAAAUUGUUUAAAACAUAGGGUUGAAUAAUAAUACAAUUCCACCGUACACGGUUGUACACAGGUCAUUAAGGGCCACCUGUAUGCAGAACAGACGUACCACAUGCAAAGUGAGUUACAACAAGACCCCCACAAGUAUGCCACUGUGGGGGUUGCUGCAAGAGUAGGGGAUCUCAUGGGCUUGCAAGAAAUGGUCUGGCAUGGAAGACCUAUUGAUGUCUUUGACAACAGAGGAUGGAGCCCUCUCCAUGAGGCAGCCUACCAUGGAAACACUGGUUGUUUGGAAUUUCUUUUGAGACAGCCUGGUGUUGAUCCAGAUUGGACCACACACGCUAAAGAGACACCCCUGAUACUAGCAGCAAGACAGGGUCAACAUGAUGCUUUGAUUUCACUCAUCAAUGCCAGGGCUGAUGUUGAUUUUGCUACUAAUGAGGGAUACACACCUUUGUGGGAGGCUUUAAAUUCUGGGAAUUUCCAAUGUUUUCGAUCUCUCAUUAAGAAAGAUGCAGAUGUGAAUGCUAGAAUUUAUACUGGAUACUCCGCUUUACACCUAGCAGCUGAAAAAGGAUACACUAAUUUUGUAAAUCUUUUAUUACAGCACGAUGCCGAGCUGGAUGUUUAUGCUGAUCAUAACCUGUCACCACUUUUCUUAGCUGCACACAAGGGACACACAGACUGUGUGAAAAUUUUAAUCAAAGUUGCCAAAGACAGAGGUGUUAUGCAUAUUGUCAAUGCUGCAGCCUCAGAUAACGCCACACCUUUGCUGAUAGCAGCACAGGAGGGCCACGCAGCUAUUGUUGCUAUUCUCUUGCACUAUGGUGCCGAUGCUAACAUAGCAGCAGAUGGGGACCAUGCUGUAGCUCUGCAGUAUGCUGUAUGCAAUGGCCACCAAAGAUGUGUUGAGCUGCUUUUACCAUACACUGACAUGGCAGCCUUUGACCGAGGGAACUUUGACAACAUGCAUCCCCUGGUGCAGGCACUGAAACACCAAGACACCGCAAUCCUUCGCCUGCUGCACGAGCACCUCACCAUCACCCGCAUCACCAACAUCCCCGCUUACCUUAGCCUAGAACUUGGACAUCUAGUGGGUGCACUCAUACCCGCUAGAACAUGUUCCCUCUUGUGUCUCAUUGAUUCUGACUGGCCUGUGUGUGGAGCUGAGUAUCUGCUGAAGCAUGGGGUAUCCCCUAAUGCAUUAGACACUGAGGACGAGCUGGCUCCGUUGUUGGUGGCCCUAUGGACCAAUAAUGUUCCACUGUUUCAACUGUUGCUGCGCCAUGGGAGUUCACCCAACAUCUACCAUAAAAAUGUCACUGGAAAUGUUGCUAUGCUGCUUGCGUUCCAGAAGGAUCUGGAGAGAGACCUUACAGCGAUGAUUGUGCGCAAUUCCAGACAGCCAAAUUUCCAGAUCUUCUACAUUUGGCAGCUAUUUUUAGCAGGGGCGGAGUCUCAUUCGUUAUUUGACAUAAGUGAUCCCUUGAACGGGGACAACCCUAGCAGCCCAGCCAUCACAAACUUGUUUGGUCUCAUGUUUUAUAUGUUCCACCGUAAGGAGAAUCUUGUUCCCGUACUGGCCUUACUCAUGUGUAUUAGCGAUCAUGCUAGCCUUCCUCGCCAUAUCUUCUCACAGUUUGAACCUAGUCAGCGAAAGGUCCUGCAAAACAUUUCUGAAAAAACCAACUUGCUGGCACAUAGAUGCCGGAGGGUGGUUGUCCACAAGCUGGGUAAAGAGAACAGGUACUGUCGUUCUGCAAUGGAGAAGCUGAGAAUCCCAUCUGUGCUGCAUGACUAUCUGAUGUUCUCUGAGCUGGAGCCCCCCCUGCAGGACAUGAUACUCAAGUUUAUCACAGUAACCCCUGACGACGAUGGGGAACAGCAAGCACACUGAGAUCAAAGCUUCUUUUUUUUUAUUGUUGAUAAAUUAUGGAAAUUCAGUUCAUUGAUGUUACAGUAAUUUAUAUUUGAUAUUAUACUUAAUUUUAUAUAGCAGACUACAGUUUAUAGGUUUGAAUGAAUGAAGUUCAGGUCACAGAUACAUCAGAUCCCCUAAAAUCCCAAAUGUAUUUAAUAAAUUAUGAUCUUCUGUAAAAAUAAUUACAGCAACUAUGUUAAUUUUCCCAUUGCUUUGAAAAUGAAGACUUGAUUCUAUUCAGAUUAGUUUAACAUGCUGACACAAACAAAAUGGAUCUUUCUAUUGCUCCCCCUUUCAACCACUCACUUCUUACAUUCUAUUAUACAUCUAGUAUUGUUAAUAAACAUGUAUUAUGUUGUGUUUUUUUUAAAUAGGUGUAUAGAUCUAUGUCUAUUCUUUUCUCAUAAUUUGCUUUAUUUCACUCAUUGUGCAUAUAUUAUAUUUUCCAAUCACGGCUUUAAUUUCUUCUACUAUAGGAACAUUGUAGAUGGAUUUCUGUUUUCUUUCUAAAAAUGCCUUUAAAGUUUUAAUGCUAGCCUCUUGUCAAGCUACCUGAGUAUAGCAUUUUGUAUCACAGUUGUCUAGUGAUAUUUUUUUUCUAACAGUAGUGAUGACCCUUGAAAUAAUAUUGUUUUGUUCCCUUUGGUAACAGAGUGGCUGUUGACACAGUCACUUUUAACUUUCUUCUCUAAUGUUUCUCUACCAGAAGCUCGUGCUCUCUAGCUUUUGUCAUAAGGUGCAUUUCAUAAUUCGCGCACCUUCUGGCAUUCCAUGAACCAGUUUGGUUUUGUUGUUUGGUGAUUUUUUUUGUGUGUAACCACUAAUUUCUUGCCAAUAGUUUCCUUGUGGCUUUCAUUACUGUCAUUCACAUAGAGCAUCUUGCUCUAGUGGUCUUUUAGGUUUUGUUGCUGUUACUGAUGCAUGCAGUAGUUGGGGUUCUGUGCUUGACCUCUGAACCCCAACCUUUAAAUAUCCAGCUAUGUUUGGACAAAAUUUAACAGUGGUGUUUGAAUAGCCCUAGAUGUAUUCAGGUUCUGAUAUUUGGUGUAUUUGGAUGGAAUCUAAAGCUGGAUCAACGUAAUUUGGAAAACACUAAAUUUUUGCUAAAAAAAAAACUUUUAAAUAGAUGCUACAUUGUCUCCUCUACCAUAAUACUUCAGCCUAGUUUUAAGAUAAUUAGUUGCAGAACUUUACUAUAUAAAAAGAUAAAACUAGUGGCUGUUGUAUGUAACGUUGAUUGAAACAUUUUAACAAUAGGAUUUAAUAUUCCAUUCAUUGUGGUUAUUUUUUCAUUUAUUUAUUCACAAAACAGUCAUUUUUAGCCAUAAGAUAAUAUAUACAUGUAUAUAUUUUGGUUUCAUAAAAUUGAAGUUUGCUAUAUUUGGACAGCUGUAAAUGGACAUAACUCUGAAUCCUACUGAGACAAAAUUUAGUACAAGAGCGAGACCUAUGUUCUUUGUACAUACACGUACUGACCAUCUGUACAUGCUAUGCAUGUGAAAACAUGGCCAGAUUUUUUUUAUACAACUGUCAUAGAAAACAAGCUGAAUGUAAAGUUUACUUGUGAGCAUCAUGUUUUGUGAUAAUAUAUGGUGUGAUUGUAGAACUCAUGCGGUGUUGUUUUUUUUAUAAUAAUCUGGACAAAAAUAUUCUCUAAACUGUUCCCAUUUGGGGAAUUGUAAAAUACUGCAUUUAAUUACAGAAACACCAUGUGGCCAUGUCAUCAGUUGCAUUUUACUGGUUUUCUCAAAAUUGUAGGAUAAUUUUUUUUUUUAAAUUAUUGGAAAAAGUAGUUUUUAGCUGUAAGAUUUAAAAAAUUAAGUAAGUUACAAUAAGAAAAACAAUGUAUUUAUUUAGUUGAAAGUGAGAAGUAAUUUAAGUUCCAAUUAGUGGUUUUGGGUAACUGAUAGUGUUUUAAUGCGGUUCUGAUAAUUUCAGAAUAUUUAAAGCAAUCAACUGGCAUCAGUUCAUUACAAAUAUUAUUUUGUUGUACUUUGUUUUUUUACUAUAAGAUUCCUUUGGUUAGCAAUUUGCAAUAGACUAUGUACAAAACUGGUGUGAUUUGUAGAGUCAGUAGUAAACAUCCAGCCAGCAAUAUAUCUAUGUAGAUAGUUUGUUUACUGUAUACUGCAAACUACUGUUUUAACCUUUGUUAUUUAUAAAAAGGAAUAGUUUUAUUUCCUCUUUGGAAGAAAGGGAUUUGAUUUUUGUUGUCACAGCCAUGAUAUUUAUAAUUGAAUGAAUGAAUCAACUUUCCUGCUAGUAACUUCUCUGUAAGGAGGUUAAAUUGAAUUGUAUUUAUUAUCCAUGUUGCUGAAAUAUUGCAAUAUGUUUUUUUUUGUUCAUAUUAUUCAUAGAUGCACCAAAAUCAAAAACAUGUUUGAUACUAUGGACUAUAAAUAGUUAUACUGCUCUAUUUUAGAAUUGAAAGAAAUAUCCACUUGAUUAAAACGUAAAGAAGAUACAUCUGUUAAGUAUUUAUACAUCAGCUUACUUAAAGCUAAUUAGCUGAGCAACCAUGCAAUUAGCAAUUUAAAAAAAAAAUCAAUUUGCUCCUUUUUUUAAAGUUAUGAUACUUUAAGGGGAUUAAUUUCUUAAAAUUUUGUUGUUUGAUUACUCUCCACACUAAAGCAUUAUAAACUUUUCUGUUAUUUUAUUAUUUUAAGAAACACUGCUAAUAUUAAGCUUUAUUUUCUAAUGCCAUAUUUUAAGGUAUCAGAGCAAGCACUUACUUGUCAUAUUUUUUUCUCUAAUUUUACCUGAUAGGUAAAGUUUCAGGGUAAAAGAAAUUUUUUAUGUAUGUUUAAAUAUGAUUUGAUUUGUUCUCAGUAUUGACAGCAAAAUUUAGCUUUUUAAAUUAUAUUUAUGAAAUGGAUUUGCUGUUUUGAAUUCAGUUACUAUAUUAAUUUCUUACUGAGAAUGUUUGCCAACAUCUCUAUAAAUUAACAGUUCUCUGUUGUGUUUAAUUUGGUGCACUUUCACCUUUCUUCUGCUACAUUGAUGUUAAUUUUUAAAUAGUAAUACUAAAUAGGAAUCGUUAGAUUUAAAAAAAAAUUGUUUCUUUUUAAAAUGUCUUAUAACCUCAAAUUUAAAAAAAAAAAAGAAGGAAUAUAUUUUUUGAUUGUUUUAUCUUUAAUAUGGCAAAAGAAAAAUUGAGACAUUCCACUAAUGACAGAUUGAAGGAGUAAGGGUUAAUAAGUACAAAUGUUCUUGAGGUAUUUUCAAAUCUUUUAUUCUGGUUUAUGGAUUGAGUAUGUGAUUCUCUCAGAAGGAUCGCUCUAUUUUCCUUAAGGGACUAAUCAUAUAUUUGAGUGGUUUGGUGUAGAUUCCUGUGAGUGGAAAUAAAGCAGAACAACUAGCAGCAACUCUUAUAAAAAUUACUACUUAGUCUAACAUUAAUUCUCAAGUAUAAUUAUAUUUUUUUUAAUAUAUUAAUACUUUUAAUUUUUUUUUUACCAUUUCUGUGUGUAUAUAGUAAUACAAAAUUGAGGUUAAAGGUAUUAGUUUUUAUGCAAUUAAAAUGUAAUUAAUCAGAUGUGAAAAAGGUGGCAAAAUUUUUUUUGCAUACACUUUGAUGUUUUGUUUCUUAAUUAUGUUAAAAUUAUUUUCUUAAAGUGUAAUUCAUGCAAGUAUGUUAUGAAAUCAUCUUUAAAGUGAUGUGUUCUCCUUCAGUAAUUAAACAUGCUACAAAAAAUCUGAAGAAAUACGCCUGGUUACAGAUUUGUAAAAUACCCUAUUUUUUUUCUGUGUACAGUUUUUCUGUAUGAACUUCAAUGCUGGCUAUUAAAUAAUAAUAUUAUUAAUUUGUUCUUUUGAAAAAUCAAAUGGGUUACUUUAAUACAAAUUUCAAGGCAUUUAAAAAAAUCUUGUGUUAAAAUUUUUUUGUAAUCCAAUCCAGGAAUAUGCAUAUGUGAAACUUAGAUAUUGAGUACUAAAGAAUAGCAGAGUUAAAAAACUUUCACAAAGACAAGAGGCUGUUGUAUCACAUCCCUAACAUAAAUUAUCAAGAUAACCUUAGAAAUCAAAUGUCAAAUAAAAAUAGUAUUAGUAUUGCAUCCAUGUGAAAGGAGUUUUUUUAAACAGAUAAUUUUAGUAUAGUAUCUUUAAAAAUGAUAAACAUAUAAUUUUCAGACAGUUUAAUUUUAAUUUGUGUGGUCAAAUGCUAUGUC